AUUCAAAAGUUCAAGUUUUUGGUCGACCCAAAGGCCAAAAACACAAGUCCAAACCUAAGAAAUCUUUUGGUCGAAAAUAUUCAGUAAUUUGAACAAAUACGGAGAAGAUCGGAAAUUACAAUUGAAUUGCGUGCUUGAGUAUUAUUUAAACAAGAACGAGAAUCGGCAAAACAGCAGCAGCAACACCAAACGGCCCUAAGCAGUUGAGUUCUCUGCGCGCCAAAAGGAAAAUCCCAAAACAAAGAACGAUAGAAAAUGUUGUCCUUUUCGUCAAAUUUUUUCUGUGUGUGAACGUGAAGAACCGUUGUGCCUGUGGCUCAUUGUGUGUAAUAACUGUAAACUGUUCAAAAUCAAAGUGUUAAUUAAACAAAUAAUGCACCAGCAGAGGAUUAAUCAAAUAACAAUACCUGUUCCAAUCUGACAAGAAGAAACACCUAUAUCGAGCAAAGAUAAAACCAAAUAGGAGUAGUGGCAGCAACGGAAGGAGACAUCCAGUGUUUACCGUUGUCUUUUUCCACCCAAAUCUCCGACCCGCAUUCGCUUGCGGCGGUCCCCUCCGGCCUCCUCAUGAAAUGCAAAAGUUGGUCCAAUAAAUUCAACAACUUCGUCGUGCGCCGAUUCAAGGCGUCAAUCAAGAGCAACGGUACACAACAACAGCAGCAGCUUCAGCCCUGCAGCGGGGCCAGCAUUGCAGCGGCCGCCACCAUCGUCUCGGCUGCAUCUUCGAGCAGCAGCAGCAGCAACAGCAGUUGCAGCAGCAUUGAGCAGACACAGACGUCGUCGCAGCAACAGCAAACGUUCAACAUUGCUGCCACAACAGCAACGACACAAGCGGCUACCAUGCCGUCGGCAAUGGCCAAGGAGAAAGCCACAACGCCAGUGUCCUUAAGCGAAUCGAAUUUCAUGGAACUGAAACUGAAAGAGCAGCUGGUCGUCGUCGUUGAAGCCAUGGCCGCCACCACAGCGGCGUCCCGAUUGCAACAGCACACGUGCGGCUGUGGGGCAGCCUCUGCCACAACUAUCGGCACCGGCAGUGCCACAACGACGAUGACAACAACGGAGAACAACAACAACAGCCGCUAUGGCAGCAGCAACAAGUAUCUGACAAACGGCCACACAUCGCCUUUGGCAGCAGCGGUGGCCAGCAACAGUUCGUCUGUUGCCUCGACGCCGCAGUGCAGCAAAGUUUGCUGUCGGCAUCAGUACCAAAAUGGAAUUUCCCACGAAUUGAGGCAGCAACAGCAGAAGGACCUCCUGGACAUGUUGCAGCAGCAUCAACAGCAACAGCAGCAGCAGCAGCAACAACAACAACAACAGCAGCAGCAGCAGCAGCAGCAACAACAACAGCAGCAACAACAGCAGCAGCAACAGCAACAACAACAGCAGCAGCAACAACAACAACAGAAUCCUCCGCCUCGCAGAUCCCCAAAUGAUUUCAUCUUUGGCCGCUACAUCGGGGAGGGCAGCUUCAGCAUGGUCUACCUGGCGGUGGACAUUCACUCGAGACGCGAGUAUGCAAUUAAAGUCUGCGAGAAGCGGCUGAUCCUGCGCGAGCGCAAACAGGACUACAUUAAGCGGGAGCGCGAGGUGAUGCACAUGAUGACCAGUGUGCCCGGCUUCGUGAAUCUCUCGUGCACUUUCCAAGACCAGCGUUCGCUCUACUUUGUGAUGACCUACGCCCGCAAGGGCGACCUUCUGCCGUACAUCAACCGGGUGGGCAGCUUCGAUGUGGCCUGCACCCGUCACUAUGCCGCCGAGCUGGUGCUCGCCUGCGAGCACAUGCACCGCCGCAACGUCGUCCACCGCGACCUCAAGCCCGAGAACAUCCUGCUCGACGAGGACAUGCACACUCUUAUCGCCGACUUUGGCUCCGCCAAGGUGAUGACACCCCGCGAGCGUGCCUUUGCCUCCGAGCACUGUUCGGAAACGCGGCGCGGCAACUCGGACGACGAUGACGAGGACAGCGACAAGCUGAUCUACGAUGACGAGGAGUAUUACGACAAGGAUUCGGAGUUGGAUGAUGGCGAUGACGAUCAGCAGCACACCGCCGACGAGAUGGACUCCCCGCGUCACCGCCAGCGCCGCUAUGCUCGCCGUCGCAAGGGCAGCUUUGUGGGCACCGCCCAGUACGUGUCACCGGAGGUCCUGCAGAACGGCCCCAUCACGCCCGCCGCCGAUCUGUGGGCAUUGGGCUGCAUCAUUUACCAAAUGAUCUCGGGCCUGCCGCCCUUCCGUGGCACCAACGACUAUGUCAUCUUCAAGGAGAUCCUCGACUGUACCGUGGACUUCCCGCAGGGCUUCGACAAGGAUGCCGAGGAUCUAGUCAGGAAGCUGCUCAAGAUCGAGCCCCGCGACCGCCUCGGCGCCCAGGAUGAGUUCGGCUACUACGACAGCAUCCGUGCACAUCCCUUCUUCGCCGGCGUCAACUGGGAAACACUCCGCCAACAGACUCCACCUCCCAUCUACCCCUACCUGCCCGGCGUCAGCCAGGACGAGGACUUCCGCUCCAGCUACAGUGUGCCCGGGGAUCUGGAGCCCGGUCUUGAUGAGCGCCAGAUCACCCGCCUGCUCAGCGCCGAACUGGGAGUGGCCAUGCCCGCCAAGCGGUCCACAGCUAAGAACUCCUUUGACUUGAGCGAUGCCGAGAAGCUGCAGCGUCUGGAGCAGCAGAAGACUGACAAGUGGCAUGUGUUUGCCGACGGCGAGGUGAUCCUCAAGAAGGGAUUCGUGAACAAGCGCAAGGGACUGUUUGCCCGCAAGCGUAUGCUUCUGCUCACGACUGGACCCCGCCUCAUCUACAUCGAUCCAGUGCAGAUGAUCAAGAAGGGCGAGAUCCGCUGGAGUCCUGAACUGCGGGCCGAAUACAAGAACUUUAAGAUCUUCUUUGUCCAUACGCCGAGUCGCACCUACUACUUGGACGAUCCCGAGGGCUAUGCCAUUCACUGGUCCGAGGCCAUCGAGAAUAUGCGCAAGCUGAGCUACGGCGACUCCACCUCCUCAUCCGCUUCCUCAUCGGCAUCGACGUCAUCGUCGUCGACGGGAGCCGCUACCAUAUCCUGCUCGAGCCGCAGCAGCAACAGUCUGGCUGUGGCCGCCGCCCACUCGAAUUCAUCUGCCGCCUCCUCGAACAGCUCUCCAACGGCACGACGCAGCUCGCCGGUGAAUGCGCUCGGCAGCCGGCAACAGCAGGAGGCGAAAACAACGGGGACGUCGCCGACAAAGAAGACGGCGUCCAAGUGAGGAUUCGGACGCGCACGCGGAUGCAAACGCGAUUGUAAACUUACGACUAGCUGUAGCAAUGAGAAAUUCAAUUCUAAUUUAGACGAAAUUUAGUGCAAAGCAAAGGCAAAGCAGCAGAAGGAAACGCGGUGAUGAUGAUAAUGAUGAUGAAUAUGAAUAAUGACGGGGAAAACACAUAAAGAUAAAAAUUUCUAGUGCUAAUUAGAACCCAAUUUCUGUUUCUGUUUGUAUCGUUUGUCGAUCGUCGAUCGUUUGGAUUGCUCUUAGGGCAGAGAAUACUAAUAUAACUAAAGCUAAAAGUAAAAUAAAACUAAAACUAA